AUGCAGAUCUUGGGAAACACUUUGGAGGAAAUCGCCGAAGAGAAAUCCCACAUCAUCAAAAAGGGCGCAGCUGUUGUCUUGGGCCCUUCUGCAGCAGCUUUUCCGGUCUUUUGGCAGCGCGCUGCGGCGCUGCAGUGCGAAGUGUGGGAGGCCAAAGGAGACCCCCGAGGAGACACUUUUCAGGCCGAAAACGCCAACGUCGCGCAGGUGGUGGCGCAGCACGUCUUGAGGCUCGAUUUGGCCCCCAACGAAUUGGCAGCAGCACUUGCUGCUGUCCCUCCGCUGAGGGGACAGUGGCUGGACGAGCAGCAGCUGCGUGCUGCAGCACGACUCUGCAGCAGCAGCAGCAGCAGCAGCAGCAGCAGCAGCAGCGGCAGCAACGGGUACGAGCCAGCGGCGGAAAAUGCGGCUUCAGCUGCAGACGCAGCAGACGGAGGUGCACCAGCAGCGCUGAAGAGUUUUGCUGCAGCAGCAGCAGGAACGCCAGCAGCAGCAGCAGCAGCAGCAGCAGCAGCAGCAGCAGCAGUUCAACUGCCUGUCCCUCUGGGUGUUGUGGUAGAUGUGGGCCACAACGAAUCUGCCCUAGAUAGAUUGUUCCAGGAAGUGGGCCACCGCCACUUCGGCGCCCCCGUGCGCCUCUUCGGGUGUCUGUCCACCGAAAGAAACCCUCAAGUCCUCCAGCCCCUUUUGGGGCACUUUUGUUUUCCCCUCAACAACCGCCUCAAAGUCCAACCCUAA